AUGAAAGAAAAUAAAGCAGAUGACAUAGAUGAACAAUAUUAUGAUGAUUCUAAGAAUUUUAGUGGUGAAAAUAACAUAUAUGAGUUUUCAGAAACUGAUAAUGUGAUUUUUCAAAAAAAACGACGAAAAAAGGAGAAAUUGGCUCAAAGAAAGGCUCUUAAAAGAGAUACUGAUGGUUCAGAUGUAAUUGAUGCGUUUCCUCGACUGAGUGCAGCAAUGCAGGCAGAUCAUGUUGAAAAACGGAUUUGUGAAGUUUACUCGAAUUAUUCCUCUUUAGAAUUAGAUGAUUUGAGAGUUUCUGAAAAAUACUUUUUUGAAGUUUGUUGGACUGAUGAUUUAAUUAACAAAGGCUUACCUGCAUUUUUAGAACAAGGCUUGAAAUAUGAUCCAAGAUAUGUUCCUUCAGCGUUUGGGAGUCCUCAUACAAUUAUUUUUGCUAUGGCUGCACUUCGAGUAGCGAACAUUACAAGGUCAUUACGUUGCUACAAAACAAAAGAAGGAGAUGUUGCUAAAUUGUUUGCUAAACAUAUUAAAUUAAAGGAUCAUAUCAGUUAUCUUUCUCGUACACGAUUGACAAUUGCAGUAGGAACUCCUGGGAGAAUUUUUGAUCUUGUAGAUAAUGAAGCUUUAAAAGUAGAUUUUUUGAAAUGGAUUGUAUUGGAUACUACAUAUAUUGAUGUUAAAAAAAGAAGAUUUUGGGAUAUGCCUGAAUGUUGGAAAAUGCUAAUAAAGUUAAUAACAAAUGAUCCUUUAAAAGCUAUGUUGAAAGAAGGAAAGGUCAAAAUUGUUUAUUAUUAG